AUGGAGUUUGGUCAAACAGCAGUCGGCGGUCCCUUCCGUCAUGACAGUAUCGCCUCUCAGACUGAAACCAAGUCGCAAGCACACUUGCCAGAAGAGGUAACAUCGGAAGAAUGCACUAAACCUGAAGAUCCGAUAUAUCAAAACUACUACAACAAUCUGUACAAUACCAGUGACAAUGGACCACCCAUUCUGUCAUCAUUUAUCGUUAAACAGGACCAUGGGAUUCGAAAAAUAUGCUUCGAAUACCCAGAACAGCCGAGAAUAGACUACACAUGGAAGAAUGAAAAUCUCCAGUUCUCGGAUGACUGCUGUUUAUACGGCAGCCAAAGAGACUAUCAUGCGGAACUAGCCUCUUGCUAUCAUCUCAUACCGGAAUUGGCCCUGGGAUCAUGCAAACCUAACUCUUUGAUAGACUUUGUAUACUUUGUUAUGCCCACAUUUUCCGGGAACUUGCUCUACGGUAUCAGUUAUGUAGCAAAGUUUACAAACAACGAAGAGAAUGUCAUGGUUGGAAUCAGCAACAAGGAAGCUGAACAAGGAGAUUCAUCCUAUUUUGUUGCGAUUUGUGUCAUUAGCAAGGUUCCAUUCUUUGGCGCUAUAGGAUCACGUUUGGAAUGCAUCGCACAAACAUACUUCAAUUCCAACCGCAUGGAGGAUGCUUCCGUACUCUCUUCAUUUGUGGACCACAUGAAUGCAACCGAUUUGGUGGAGGAAUGGAAUUACGAAUCCCUGUACUUCAAUAUUGAAUCAUAUUUUAAACCUUGCCCAUUGUCAUUCUCUUACAGAGGGCUCUUUUUUAUGUUGAAGUGUAUUUUGUCGGAACAGAGGAUUGCCAUAUAUUCAGAGAGUGCUGCUAGGUCAUCUAGCUGUAUUCUUUCUUUCUUGUCAUUAAUUCCGGGCUCUAGUUCAUUUAAUUUUAACUCUACUGGAUUUGCAUCCUUGUGGCAUUCCUGGAAACAGUUUGGCUUACCAUUGCGUCUUUUUCACUCAAAGAAUGUCGUACUACCAUUUUUCACGCCAAUUAUGACUGAUUUGUUAGAUGAUUGCAAUGGGUAUCUAAUUGGCAUUACUGACAUGACCAUAGUCGACACGUUGAAGCAUCCGCCUACAAUUUUAUUUGAUAUGGAAGAAGAGGUCAUUAGACUACGGAGUAAGUCCCUCUUGGGGUUUUAUGCUCCCUCAUUUUACGAGCAGGGAUUCUUUCCAAGCUAUGAAAUCUUUGAAGAAUUCGACAGCGACGCAGAGGAAGACGAUGAUGACCCUCUCAAACAAAUUGCAGAAGCUAGUGACACUGUAUUUGGUUUGUUAGGUGACUACCUUUCCAAGGCACCAACCGCAAUGGUGGAUAUUGGAGGAAAAGCCAAGAGAAUGAUGACCAUUGGCGGUAGGUAUAAUAGUGCAUCAAAAACUAGAGAAAAUUCCCUACGCCUCUUUGAAAUGUAUUUCCCUGGCGCCCUUCCAAAGUUUUUGAGGCAAUUUUCUAAAUCUAAGAAGGAUAAAAGUGAAAAAUUACCAGAGACAGUCGUUGUGCCUCCUGUUGAAAAGGUCGAGACCCCUGAACCCCUCACUAUUCAAAAAAUGUUUGAUAGUAUGUACAAAAAAGAUGGUAAAUACAGGUACUUUGGAUACACAUCCUAUCUGAAACAGGAUGAUAACGAUAAUGAUAGGAUUAGAGAGGCAGAGUAUGUGAUUAAUACCAGGGUACGACCAUUGCAAGACUAUUUUUUGAAGUUUUUAAAAGCAGCUGCAUAUGUUGCUGGAAAAGAUCGAUCAGCUUGCAAGUUAGUCAUGGACUUUUCAUUUGAUCUGGACUCCAUUGUGGAUUACUCCAUGCCUGUAGACGGCUUUUAUUUUAAACGUGGUGAUUUCUUUUUCAGAGGGGAGGCACGCACGUUGAACCCUUCUGAUGAUGAAGAUAAGCCUGACUCUGCUCUUAAAGAGGACAAAGCGGAGUAUGUUGAUGUAGGAAUAGAGGGAGAUGUGGAUGGAAAACCAGACAUACCAAAGCCAGUGGAAAAGGUUUCAAGGGGUGAGGAAGUUGUGGAAACUAUUCCCUCACUUUUGGCAUCCUCAAUCAUGGAAUUCCAGACAAAUCACUCCUUGGAUUUCAUAGAGUUGUGGCUCCAGAAACCAAAUGCUGCAAGCUUCCUUGUUAAUCAUUCACUGGAAACGUUCAAUGAACCAACGUUUAUUCUCAACCAAAACGUUGCCAAAUACACAUAUCCAAAUGGUGAUAUUUACAUUGGUGAACUCACAGAUAUGCUCAGAAAUGGGCAUGGAUCGUACAUAUCGGUGGACGGCUCGCGCUACGAUGGUGAGUGGAGACGAGAUAGACGUCACGGAAAGGGAACGCUGAUAUACAAGGAGUCCAAGUACAAGUAUACUGGUGAUUGGUAUCUGGACAAAAGGCACGGUUAUGGUACUCUUGAAACAGCCGAUUUCGAAUAUGUUGGGGAGUUUAAAUUUAACAGAUAUCAUGGAAAUGGUACGCUGACUAAAAAGGAUGGGACAAAGUUAGAGGGUGAAUUUAGACGUGGGAAAUUUAAUGGUCGUGGUAUAAUGACCUUGCCAGAUGGAUCUGUGAAGAUGGGUACAUUUAAGAACAAUGAGAUUGUGGGAAUAUGCAGCUACAUUGAUGUUAACGGAAGGGCGUACGUUGGAAGGUUGUACGGUGAUGCACCGGACGGCCCUGGAAGUCUAAGGUACGACCAGAAUCUGUUAUUUGAGGGCUUUUGGAACAAGGGGAAACGGUGUAAACAAGGAACCAUAACGAUUGACGUCUCUGAUGGCAAGAUAACUAUUGAGGGGACGUGGGAGGACGACAAGAUGAGCUUUAAGGACGUUAUGAUCACAUUUCCGAGUGGCUACAAGUAUAAUGGUGAUAUUGUUUAUCUUGAUUCUCCCCCCCUUUUAGACUCUCUUGAGCCAGAGGAGCAGAAACCGGUGCAGAUGGAACUUGAAAAGCUGCAAAAUCAUCUAUUGCCACAUGGUCGUGGAGUAUGCAAGACACCAAACGGUGGCGUGUACAAUGGCUUUUUCAAGUAUGGAUUUCGUUUUGGCAGUGGAUCUCAAGUAUUUGAGAAUGGUGUAAUAUAUAAUGGUAGUUGGCGUCUGGGACGUUUUGAUGGAAAUGCAACCAUACAGUUCCCAAACAAUGAUGUGAUUAAUCUGAGUUUUUCCAACGGUGUUUUGAAGACACUGUUGACGGGUGAAGAAUACUGGAACCUCCUUCAGGAUUGUUUGAGGGAGCAGCGAAUUUCCCUUGAACAAGAAUUUACUCAAUAUAAGUUGGAUAUCAUAAAGGACAUAAUAGGCAUAAGUUAG